AUGGACAGCCAACAAGAAACCAUUGGGAUACUGAAAGCAAACAAUCUGAGCACAGACGAUAGUUUUUUCACACCGAAUGACCUAAGAAAAUUGUUACUACGUACAGACGUUGGAAAAGCCAUUGUGAAGAAUGCUGCACGAGGCAGAUUGUCGAAAGAUAGCAAGAAAGAGCUCGCGGGAAUUAUUGCUGAACAUCAUAUAAAGCGGAAUGGAAACGAUGGACGUCUCACCAAAUAUUUUCUAAAAAUGUAUUCCAAGUGUAUUGAACUACUAUUUCCUAGUGAAAGGACAGAUAUGAUUACAUAUUACAUUCCGGCAGCACCACCUGAACGGCGGAAUCCAGGCGGAAGUAUACAUCAAGCAUAUAAACGGCUGAAAACGAAAGUCAAUAGAAGGCAGACACGGGAAGCGGAGCAUCAACAGAAAUUGAGCGACAAAGAAAAUGCUUUUACAUCUAAGGACAAUAACAAUGAUCGAAAUGCUGAACACGCAACGAGAUGGUUGCAACUUAACAUUUAUCCCUGGGAUAUUGUGCUCAAAAUGUGGAGGGAAACUAGUGACUCCCGUGUCUCCAAUAUAAGAAUCCUAAAUUGUGGUGAGAUACUCACAAGAUACCCUCAUUAUAAAGAAGAGCUUGGAUAUCAACUAAUUGACCAAGACUAUCUUUCUUUGGGAUUCAAAGAAGGAAAAAGUAACUGGCAAAAUGUAAUCGCAAAGCUAAAAACAUUUUUCAUACUGAAGGUUCGUAGCCAAAAUUCUCUUGUGGUUCUAGAGUUCAUGAACCGUCCAAAUCAAUCUGAAGAUACUCUCAUAUGUUGCUUUUUGAUCCUGCUGAACUGUUGCGUGAAGCCAACCAAAACUUCUAAGACAACGAGACCAGCUAUUUUAACGGCACAGGAAGACGUAUUGAUGUUUGCUGACAGCGUGAAUUCUGCUCGUGAAAAUAUUAAAACGCUUUUUGAAACUUACGCUGCUCAAAAUAUUUUACCGCAUCCCAAAAUUGUCGCAAUUGGAAAUGAUUACACCUCUACGAGAAAAGAGUUCUAUGUAUUAUACGAGGAUAUAACGUAUAAACUUGAUUCUGCAUCGCGAGCUAUAGACGUCAUGAUUAAAAUGUGCAAUGUUUUCAAAAUACCAUUUUCAAAAAUAACGAAGCUUGUGUGGUACGUCAUCAUAGAAACAGUUUAUGACAUCAGAGCGCCAGCUCAAUAUAAAGAAAUUGAAGAGCUGAAGGCGAUAUGUCUGUAA